AUGGAGUAUAUGAGCACGGGUAGUGAUAGCAAAGAGGAGAUUGACUUGUUGCUAACUAAUUUAAAUAUGUCUGAGGUGAUAGACAUCAUGGAAAACCUUGCCGUCUAUGAAGACAGCUUAAUUACAAUGUGUGAAGAGGCAAAUCAAAAUGAAGAACGUACGGAAUCUUUACUGUUUUGUGAAAGGGAGGUUUCUUUGAUGUCCUCCGUCAAAUAUGGGACUGUGGAAGACCUGCUUGCUUUUGCAAAUCAGGUGUCUAAUGCUGCCAAACAAUUUAAAGGAUGCAGACAGCAAGAAUCUGGAAUCCUCUUGAAUAUGGUAAUCACACCCAAGAAUGGGCGCUAUCAAAUUGACUCAGAUGUGCUCCUGUUUCCAUGGAAGCUGACUUACAGGAACAUUGGCUCUGAUUUUAUUCCUCGGGGAGCUUUUGGGAAGGUGUACUUAGCCCAAGAUAGAGAAACCAAGAAACGAAUGGCGUGCAAACUGGUUCCAGUGGAACAGUUCAAACCAUCAGAUGUUGAAAUACAAGCAUGUUUCCGUCAUGAAAACAUUGCUGAAUUAUACGGUGCUAUUCUGUGGGAUGAGACGAUCCAUCUCUUUAUGGAAGCUGGAGAGGGAGGAUCUGUCAUGGAAAAGCUGGAGAGUUGUGGUCCUAUGAGAGAAUUUGAAAUCAUUUGGGUGACAAAGCAUAUUCUGAAAGGACUUGACUUUCUCCACUCCAAGAGGAUUAUCCACCACGAUAUCAAACCAAGCAACAUUGUCUUUAUGUCAACUAAGGCUGUUUUGGUGGAUUUUGGCCUAAGUGUGCAAAUGACUGAAGACAUUUACUAUCCCAAAGACCUUAGAGGAACAGAGAUUUACAUGAGCCCUGAAGUUAUCCUCUGCAGAGGCCACACAACUAAAGCAGACAUCUACAGCAUGGGAGCUACUAUUAUUCAUAUGCAAACCGGCAUCCCACCCUGGGUGAACAGAUAUCCUCGCUCUGCAUACCCAUCCUACCUCUAUAUUAUACACAAGCAAGCUCCCCCUUUAGAGGACAUUGCUGAAGACUGCAGCGCUUCCAUGAGACUGUUGCUAGAAGCAGCUCUAGAAAGGAAUCCUAAUCAUAGGCUGUCUGCAGCAGACUUACUCAAACACGAAGCCUUACACCCACCCCCAGAAGAGCAACCACGGUGCCAGAGUCUGGACUCAGCAUUGUUUGAAAGGAAAAGACUACUCGCAAGGAAGGAGCUGCAGUUGCCAGAAAACAUUACAGAUUCUUCGUUGUGUACCGGGAGCAUGGAAGAGUCAGACCUGCUAAAGAGGCAAAGAUCACUCUACAUAGAUCUUGGAGCUCUAGCUGGUUACUUCAAUAUUGUUAGGGGACCACCAGCCUUAGAAUACGACUGACUGAGUAACGUUGUAUGUUGGCAGGUCAGAACUGGACCUCUACCUCUUAAAACUUGAUUUUAAGACUUGAUUUUUCGAAUUUGUACAUAAAAAUAUUGCCAUUGUAGGCUGCAAAAUGUGAAUAGUGUUUAAUUGCACAGAUGAUUAAGCUAAACCCUUAGGGGCUCUGAUAAGCUGAUCCCAAGCAACGAUAUUGUGCGUCUACUGGUUGACCAACAAGAAGAUGGCAAAAAGAACACUGCUGGGAAUGUCUUAAUCCAGGAUAUCUUCUUGCGCUGGACCUUGCACUUUUAUAAAACUUGUAGUACAUGCUUGCAAAUACUGUCGUCAAAA